UUAGUCCUAUUUUUUCCACCCUAAAUUAUUCAUAUUUUAAGAAUUCACAUUGACUUAAAAAAAUUCGCGUCCACGUGUAUAACACCAUGGCUACUUUGGUAUGCAUUUCCAAAUAAUGACAACUCUCCUUUCUCUGUGUAUUCUUUGAUUGCUAAUUUUUAAGUAUAGUCCUUCUUUAAAAAAAUGCUCUAAAUAAGAUUGAUUAAGCUCUUUUUUUUUUUUGUCUGUUUUGUUGAUUAAGUUGAUUUUAUGAAUGGUUGAUUUUACUUUUCUUUGUGUUUGUUGAUCAUGUUGAUUUGCGAUUGUUUAGGUUUUUUUUAUUUUGUUAUUUGUUUGUUUGAUUAAGUUUAUUUUAUUUCUGGUUCAUUAAGUUGUUUUUGUUAUCUAUUUUGAUUUUGUGUAUUAAAAAAAUUAUUUACUAAAAAGAAAAAAAUUCAAUACAAGCAUAAGAUCUAAUUGUUAUUGUCUUUCAGUAUGUAUGUCUCACCUUGGACUAGCCACUCACUACAGAUAAAAAAUGAGCUUUACGAAUAGAUUACACCGUGUAAUCAAUGAGUUUUGGUUAAUUUGUCAAAAAAAAAAAAUGUUGAAAAAAAAAGCACUAAAGACUGUCUCCAAUUCUCUCACCGAUCGAUCAUUUGAACGCAACAUCUACUCUUCCUCUCGCUUCUCCUUUUUCUCUUCUCAGUUACCAGUUGGACUUUUGACUCAGCUCGGAGAUGGAACGGAUUGGAAGUUUCUUGGCGUUUUUAAGAUAAAAAAUCAUGGUGCCAAAGUUAAUAUAAUUGUUUCUUGCAAAAUAAAGAUUAACAAUCAAACCCAUUUCAUCGAUUUAUACAUUACGAUUCAAAUUUUUUUUAAAAAAAACCACAUGACAACCGAAUAUCUUAUCUUACCGUGGCCGGCGAUGGAGAAGACGGUGGCGACGGCGGCUGUGAGGAGAGAGAGAGCUUCGCCUGAGAGAGAUGGUGAGAAUGUGAACCGAGAGAAAAUAAUGAGAAAGAAAUAAGAGAGUUUGGUUUGACUGGGAGGAGAGAAUGUGAGGGGUCUCGGUUAGUGAUAGAUGUAUUUUUGUCCAAAAUUUCAAAAUGGCAUAUAUAUGGGAGAGUAUUUUAUGUUGGCAUUUUAAAAAAAUUAAGUAUGUUAUUAAACACUGUCUAAAA